AUGACCCAUGUAUCAACAAACAGCAAUAAGAAAAGUGGACCGAAGUACCAAAAUACUUUUGCAUUUCAACCAAAUAAAAACUCAAAAAAGACGAAGUAUAUUAAUUCUUUACCCAUAAAUGGACUUUGCCGUCGAUGUAAAGAAAUUGUUGAAUGGCGUAAAAAAUAUAAAAAGUAUAAGCCUUUAACAACACCGAAACGUUGUGUAGGUUGUAACGAAAAAACUGUUAAAAAAGCUUAUCAUAUCUUGUGUAACAAAUGUGCUACAGAUAAAAAAGUAUGUGCAAAAUGUCAAGAAUUAGUUGAGAUUGUUUCAGAGGUUGAUUGUGAAUUACCAAUUCCCAAACCAUUUAGUUGCUCUUGA